AUGAUUUCCAAAUCCUGGCGACGUGAUACUCUCCCGGAACUGGAACGACCGAGGCUCGAUGACGGAAUGACGAUUUUUGAGUACUUCAUCCAAUCCGUUGGUCCCAUCAAGCGAGUCGAGCUCUCCUACGGCCCUAACUCUCAAAGCCGCGGUAUCGCAAACGUGACCUUUCAUAAGUCGGAUGGCGCUAGCAAGGCUUUCCAGAAACUGAACGGCCUUCUUGUCGACAACCGACCUAUCAAGAUCGAGAUCGUUGUCGGAGCUGCCCAGGCUGACAAGGUCAUUCCUACCGUCAAGACGCUUGCCGAGCGCACGACACAACCUAAGGCCCAACCCAAGUCCGCUGCUGCUGACAAGCACAACGCCGGUGCCGCCAAGGGUGCCGCUGCCAAGGGAACUGCUGGCAAGAAGCGCCGUGGUCGCAACAGCCGUCCCGCGAAGAAGACCCAGGAGGAACUCGACUCGGAGAUGGCUGACUACUUUGACGCCUCGGCCGCCCCUGAGGCCAGCAACAAUGCUGCUGCACCUGCACCCGCACCAGCUGCUACCGGUGAUGCUGACAUGGAUGAGAUCGCUGUAUGUAAUCUUAUUCUUGAUCUGUACGGUUGA